CGACCAAACACCAGUCAUCAUCAUUUCCAAGCAUGGCCAACUUGUUCCAAGCGAUCUGCAGCAAGCGCAACUUUGGCGUCGGCCAGAAGGUCACCCGCGGGAUCUGGAAGCGCUUCGAGACGGCGGAAGCCUCGUCCUACGUCGAGAUCACGCGCAUUGCGCCGUCGCAGGACCUUAAGCACGGCAAGGCUUACGGCAUCAAGGUCUUCCGUGGCGUCAGCGAAGGCAAGGAGCGCCGUGUCGAUGGCGUCCUGAAGCGCGACUGGGCCGUCGUCGCAUAAGGAGGGUAGAACUUAGUAGAUUCGCCGCCGGCGCACUCGCAUGGAUAACCGCUAGAUAAUAUGCACCGUGCUGCUUGGAGGACACGCCCGCGUUGCGUGCGAUCGUGUCCUUGGCCCACUGCCAAGUCGAGUCGCGCUCACAAUAUAAC